AUGGUAUAUGAGGAGUUUAAUAUCGAUGAGGCUGAGGAUUUUAAUGAUGGUACACGUGCCGUAGUGUAUAGAGAUAAUGCAUAUGAUCCUGAUAAUGAAGUACAGGAUUCUAUACGUCUACGGUCGUCUCGUAAGGAGCGAUUGCAGGAAGAACAGCGUCAGAAGAAUCAAUUGCGUGAAUAUGCAUCAGCUUUACGUAUAAAGAACUGGGAUACGAGUCUAUUGGAUCAUAAGGAAUAUGCUGGUAAAGUUAUGCAACGUAAGGACUUGAAUGGUGAUGAAGAGUCGCCUGAUGAGGACGCAAUGGCCGAGUGGUCGGAAGCAGAACCAUUUGGAGUAUCGGAAGAGGAAGAAGAGGAGGAAGAAGAGGAAGAGGAAGAGGAGGAGGAGGAGGAGGAGGCGAAGAGUAACGAGACGCUUAUUCGUAGGUUCCAGAAGGAAGACUCGGCUAGACUCAUGGGCGCACAGGACAGUGAGAAAGUGGUGGAAAAGGCCAAGCACGUGAGGAAUCAAAAGCUGAUCUGGGAGCGAUGUCUUGAGAUACAGAUCUACACGAAACGUCUCUUGAUGACAGCAAAGGAUGUUGUUGUACAUGACACAACGGACGGAGAGAUGACAGAUGGAGAAAGAGCGACGAACAAGAAGGAGGAAGUUGUGAUGGAGUUGUACAAGACGAUCGAAGCCGUGUCAGCAUUACAGGAAAAGCUUUGCAAUGGACCGGAGCUGAGUGCGGUUGAUGUACCGCCGAGUAAGAAACGUAAACGGUCGUGUGAUGAGCUGUGGCAGGACAUUGCAACGAGCAGCAGUGCAAUGUUGCCGCAGUACAACGCAAUUCUCAACACAUACACGCGCAAGACAGACCUGGCAGCGGGUGGCAAGACCAAUCAAGCCAAGAAGUUUAAGGUUGUAAAUCAAGAUAUUCUAGCUCAGGUGGAGUCAGUAUUGGUGGAUCCGCAGCGAGUCAGACGAAAGGCACAUGCUCCGUUGGAUGUACCGGAAGCUAACGCAGUAGAAGAAGGUGCUGGAGAAUUACUGGACGAGCUCAUGUACGACGACUCCGACUUUUACCAGCAGCUUUUGAAAGAGUUCAUUGAGAGUGGUGGGGGUGGUGCUGGUCAGGACGGUAUGGUGCGGCGCACUUACCGCAAGAAAAAUAAAAUUGUUAACCGUAAGGCAAGCAAGGGCCGCCAAUUGCGCUACACGGUGCAUCCCAAGCUGGAGAACUUUAUGUUCCCAGAUCCUUAUCCGAAGCCAGAGAUGGACGUGACUGAGCUCUUUCGGUCGCUCUUCGGUCAGGUUCGGCAGUAG